AUGAUUCUGAGGACCCUAGAUAUGGAUGCGAUUAACUUCCCGCCUGAGUUUGGACCGGCCCGCGAGGGCCAAGAAGCUCCCCGCGGACCCUUCAACGGCUACGGAAAGGCCCACAAACGAACGUGGUGGUGUACGAGAAGACGACGAACAAUCGGAGGCGGCCGGUAA